UCCUUUCAAAAGUUCGUCAAAGUGGUGCGUCUGACGUCACGCUCCCACAAUGCAUGCGCUUCACAACUCCAGCGCCGCGCCGAGGAGUCCAGGCCCCGAAAUAUCAUAAAAAUUUUAGAAAAAUUUGGAAAAAUGUAAAGUUGCAAAUCUACAGGACACAAUUUGAAUCUAAACGCUUUAGACCGCCCAGAGAUUUUACAAAAAUGUGUCUCUGGAUCCCUUUUAAAUUGACCUAUUGAGAACCCCCCCAUCCCUGGCUGGCUCACCCCACCCCUACUCCUCUGCCCCCCCCCCCCCCACCCCACCCCACACAGCAGGUCCUCACAGGCCAGAACAACGUAGAACCAGUCCGGGCCUCCAGAGAAGAAGAAGAGUGACUCAUCCCUUACAGCCCUUCUGGGGUUGCUAUGGCAGCUGCUGUCACCCAAACCAAUCUCUGGAUCCAGGAUUCGCCCAGCAAGGCGGGGAACACCACUAGGAGCUGCCAUAAAAGGGCAUCGUACAACCAACAAGCAGCACUUAGGAUCCAGCCCUGCGGCUCGAGUAUCGGGGACGGCCAGGUGUCUACACUCUGAUGGUCAGCCCCCGGGAGCAUCCCCAUGAGUCUUGUUUGCGUCUGGUCAGGCUUCUGGCCAAAGUCCUCGCACACCACGAAGAGAGCCAGCCACUGUUCUGCCCGCUAGACCAUGUUCCAACAGCAGGACCAUCUGAAGAGCCAGCUGCAGGAGGCCCACGCGGCCCACCGGCAGCUCUUCCAGUGCCAGGAGUGCGGUAAGCAGUACAACACCCAGCUGGGCUACCGGCGGCACCUGGUGGCGGCGCACGGCACCACCACCACCACCGCCGGCCUGCCCUGCCACGACGGGCCGCCGCCCUCCCUGCUGGAGCACCCGGGCGGCCACGGCGACCGGCCGGCCCCUCCCCCGGGCCCGGCGGGGGCCGGCGCCGCCCUGCCGCUGCGCGAGCGGAAGUACUCGUGCGAGCGCUGCGACCGGCGCUUCUACACGCGCAAGGACGUCCGCCGGCACGCCGUGGUGCACACGGGCCGCCGCGACUUCCUGUGCCCGCGCUGCGCCCAGCGCUUCGGCCGGCGCGACCACCUGACCCGCCACCUGAAGAAGAGCCACGCCCAGGAGGCGGGGCUGACGGCCGGCGGCGGGAUGGCGGGCGGCCAUCCCGCCGCCGCGCCCUCCCCCUCCUCCGGCCUGUGCGCCGUGAAGGAGGAGCCCAGCCCGGUGACCUGCGACGGGGGCUCGGCCCCCAAGGAGCCCCCCGAGAGCCCCUUCUCCAUGGACAUGUACAGCUCCUACCCCAUGGCCAGCCCGGGCAUGGGCCACCACCACCACCACGGCCUCCUGCAGUCCUCCCUGUCCUCGGCCAUGGGCCGCCACAUGGCCCCCUCCCCCUCCCCGCACGGCCACCACCACCCCGCCCCGGGGGCCCCCCAGCAGCCCCCGGGGGCCCCCCAGCAGCAGCCGCCCGCCCAGCAGCAGGCCUACGGCGCCAUGCCGCGCUACCAGCACGGCGCCACCUCCUACCCCCGGGUGGACAUGGAGAGCUUCCUGCUGGACCUGCAGAGCGGCCUGCCGCCCAACCACCUGAGCACGGCGCCCCCCUCCUCCUCCUCCUCCGCCUCCCCCCCGCAGCGGGACGGCCUGCUGUCCGAGGGGGCGGGCGGGGGCGGCGGCGAGCUGUCCUGCGCCGCCAACAUGGACCUGGGCCCGCUGCUGGGCUUCCUGCCCUUCGGCCUGCCGCCCUACGGCGCCCACAUGGGCAUGGGGGGGCUGAUGAUGGGCUACCCGUCCGGCUCGGCCGCCAACGCCUCCUCCUCGUCUUCCUCCGGCGCCGGCCUGUCGCCCCAGCCGCCCGGCCCCUUCGCCCUCAUCCAGCCCCCCCAGGCUCACGUACCUCAGGGCCCCGGGGCCCACAGCCACAGCCAGCUACCUCAGGGGUACAGCAGCCCUGCUAUGAGCACUUCCAGCCCUCUACCUCGAUACUACCAGGCCUUUCAGCAGUAGGACGCUGCCCCCUGGGGCCCCCCACCCCGCUCAGAGGAGGUGGUCUCCCCCCCGCCCUGGAGGAACUCCAUGUGGAAGCAGGCCCACCGACUUUGAUCCAAACAACAAGAGCCACGUACUGUAGGUUGGCGCUAACCUUGCUUUUAUUUUGAAAAAAAAAAAGAGGGUGGGAGAGUGGGAGGGGUGGGGGUGUAACUUAGCUCUUUGAUGCUAAUAAUGCUAAUUGUUUUUUAUUAUUUUUCUUUCUUUUAACACAACAGAUCACCUCAGCAGUAUUACCUCAUUAUUUAAAAAGAAAGCUUGAAUGAGGGAGGGAGGGAACCUUGAUAUUCUCAGUCGAACCAAAAUACAGUACUUCCUGUAAAUCCUGUUACAAACAGUGGUUGCACUUAAAACAGAGAGUUCACAGAGGUGCAGGACAACACACACACGUGACACAUUGCUUGGAUAGUUCCCUGCUAACCCGCUACAUCGCUAAACACCAGUAUUUCAUUUUAUAUUUUUACACGAGAGAAGGCAGUGGAAUACUUAUAUUGAUAACAUGGGCUUGCCAUGUUUCACCUCAGGUCAGUGGAGACUCUGUUAUAAGAAUCUCAUCGGUCCACACGCAUUGGAUAGGAAUUAACCUUGUUUGAAACGCAACUCAUUACAGAUAAACACACUUAUCUAUUUGUAAACCUAGCAGCAGUAAUUUGACACAACCCUAAACUCACGGUAACACAGUCUGACUGGUUCGGUUAUCGCGUUGUGGAUUUUUAUGCUAAAUAACCUUUAAAUAUUUCUAAUGAGAAGUUUAGAAUAACCCCGGAGACUUGACUUGAGCUUCAACACAGCAGUUGUUCCUUCUAGGCGUCAUUCACAUUAUGAUUGAGGUUCAAAUGAAUGAUUCUGAUCACACCAAAUGUGUCAAUACAUUCGACGUAAUCGACACAACGUACGGUAUCGUGUUUAAGUGGGAAUACUUAAACAAACCCUUCUCUCUAUUCGGCUGUUAAACAGUAUUACCAAACGUUCACUAAGUAGCAGCUGAGAACUAAAGCUACCACUUUAUUCCUCUAAAACGACCAGAUUCCCACCACAUUAAACCAUAACUAACAAACCUUAGAAAUAGAAAACCACAGUUUGAAUUAUAUUGCUGCUAGAUGCAAGAAGCAUUUAAUAUGCAAACAUUUUGUUUAAAAGGGACAUGCGCACUUCUUCUUAUAAAUGUUUAUACGAGUUCCAAGCAUGGCGCAAGCUCCAAAACAGAAACAAGAACAUCGUUUUUAUUAACAUCCAUCUUCUCCCACACAUGCCGACGGGGUGGGAGGGGGGGGGGGGGGGGGGGGGGGCGGUGGGGGGGGGGGGGGCGGGGUUCCUUCGGAUAAACAAACAAGAAGUCGCAUUUCUCCGGGGCCAACCGGAGACCCUCUGCUGGGAAGAAUAGGUGAGCCCCGAGGGAGAGGGUGGCGCUCAAGUAGCAUCCUGUCGAUUAAACAAGACUCUCUCCAUCGAGAUGUGGACCUCAGGAGCGACAUCUGAAACAUCUGAGUCCUCAUUGGUCACGUUGAGAGUUCGGACCCCCCCCCCCCUCCCCUCGCUCCCUGAACGGACUCUUGCGUCAAACUCGCCUUUACCCACUUCGGGUGACGCAACUCAAAGAGUCACCCCCUGGGUUAGAUAGGGUGUGUGUGUUUUUUUCUUUUAAGGACAUUGUUUGAGUUGGGAGUUGUUUUUUUAGUGGAAUAGUUAGUGAGAGCCUCACUGCUCUGCCUUACCGCCAUCGUUGCUGUAUUUUGAAGGAAACUCCUUGACCCCCCCCCCACACACACACACACACACACACACACACACACACACACACACACACACACACACACACACACACACACACACACACACACACACACACACACACACACACAAAGUUGCACCAAUGUCUUAAAAUGCUACUGUUGUGCCUCUGAGAGAGUGUCAGACCUCUUCACAUGGUUAAAGCACUUAUGACAUUUUAUGAAAAAAACAAGAAAAAAAACAAGGAUGAAAUUGAACUAUUUUACCUCAUCAGAACAUGCUGACAUUGCUGUCAAUUUCUCUUUCUUUAAAUAUAUAUAUAUGAUUUUUGUUUUUUGGCUUCUUAGUUAUUUGGGCUCUUAUUUGUGCCAUUAGGUUGAAAGUAUAAUGGUAGAUUUUUAUGAAUCAGAACUCUUUAUUUAGCAACAGUCCUCGACAUUAUAAUUCACUUAUAAAAAUGUCCUACCUCUUAUCGUUCUGUUAUUUUUUUUCUCCUCUUUUUCAGCAAAAAAAAAUCAUCAUAAAUGGCAUUAACAAUUUAGGCCGAUGGUAAAUAUGCGCGAAGAGUGUGAGAGAGAAAAAAAAAGUGUUAAAUAGUUUUAGAUAUAAAUCUUUUUACGACGUUGGCUGUGCGUCCUGAUGGCUGGGAUGAUGCUGUUUGUACACGCCCCGUGUGUGAAGUUAUGUUCUAUUGUUCUAAAUGUUGACUACCUCAAGAGAAGAGCGACAAACCGCACUUCACCUAUAGCUACAGGACAGAUCUCUGUAUAGUUUUAUUCUGUCGGUGAGCGAGCAAGCACACAUACUUUGUAGGUCAUAGUUUGUUUAGUUUUAGUUUUUUCUUUUUUUCUUUUUUUGAGGUUAGAACCGUAGAGAGAGAAAUCAAUAUUUCUAGCGAGAUUGAGAACUGUGUUGCCUAGCGACUACGACCCAUGUGACAUUUUGCUCUUCCCUCACUAUCACAUUAUUACCUCAACUCUCAGUCUGGAAUGUUUACAAAGCUGAAUUAUCUGGACGUACGACUGAAGGAAUUUUACAAUAGCAUGCAAGUGAAAUGCACAGUGAUAGUGUUUGGUUUUUGCUUUGUUUAUGUUUUUUCCUGAACACCGAUACCAAUUUAGUGAAGGUCAAUGGCCAACACCCCCUACCCCUCCUUUGGAAAUUAAAUUUAGAUAAUUGGAGACACAAUAUGACACAUUGUAAUAACAUUUAAUUUUGAUGAAGAGAUAUACGGCAUUGCUGUUCAGAUGCAAACCGCUGGACGAUAGGAAACCAUUUCACGUUGUAAUGAGUUGUCCUUACGUCGCAGCGGAUGCGUUGUCACAUUUUAUGGCCUUUAAUAGAUUAGACUGAUUAGUCGUUAUUUUUCUAUUUCCAAUAGACCAGACCCUGAUAUUAUGGUCUGUAUGUGGGUAACAAGGAGUGUUACAAAAUAAGUGUUGCUAUUUUUUUCUCCUGUCAUGAUUUCAUGUGAACCCAAUGAAAUAAUUGAACAUGCAAGGCUCCUUGUUGCCUUGAGGCCCACCAACGCUUUUAAUGUGAAGGGUCACGCCGGUAUUCACAGAUGCAUCAUAAGCUUUCUUGUGGUCAAGGCAUUAACAUUUACUUCCAAGCUUGUGAAUGGGUGUGUGCCUUUAUAUGGGCUGUGUUCAUAUCGCUACGACAUGGGAAACCACGUCAAAAUACACAUGACCUUAUAUUCAGGAUAUGAAAUUAUUAGUAUGAUGACUAAUCAAAAAGUGCUUCGGUGAACCAUAGCCUGGGAUGUUUCUUCACGCAGUAAUGGACAGACAGACUGUGUUUUUAUAUUGUGUAUGUCGACACGAUCACCAGUUACUUGACCAGGUAUAUUGGUCUGGAAGGCAUUGCGUAUACUGAAUAUCACAGUAGAAGCAACAAAAGGGAGCACAAAUGAUGCUAAGCAAUGUAGCCGUGGACGCACGGUACGACUUGUCGUCGACACAUUUGUUUUGACGCCCGUAUUUCAGUUGGCGAAGAAUCAUUGGCCGGACUUUUAACUUUGUCAAAUUAGAACAUUUUGUAUUAGGCAUUUGUAGUAUCACCCGAUAGCUUAGAAAAAGGUUUAAAUCAAGAAUUAAAGAGUUGAUAUGCUAUUAUUUUCUAACUGUCAGAGCAUAACGCAAAAUGCAUAAUAAAUCACUCUUUAGAUUUAAA